CUUCCCUCUGAGGGAGUUAAUUCACCAAUCUACCUCCCCUGUUCGUAAUUCGUGUUGUCCACUCCAACUAACUCUCCUGCAUUAUGGCUAAGCUUUUGCUUCUUUCCCUCAUCGGUCUUCUUUCCGUAAUUGCCGCGGCGGCGGCAGUAGACAUGUCGUCUAUAAUAACUUACGGCGAGGAUCAUUCCGAGAAAGGACUGGCCGGUCGCACCGACGGCGAAGUCAUGGCUUUGUACGAGUCGUGGUUGGCCGAACACCGGAAGUCGUACUACGGUCUCGGCGGGGAGAAGGAGAAGAGGUUUCAGAUCUUUAAGGACAACUUAAGAUACAUCGACGAGCAGAACAGCCUGGUAGAUCGGCCGUACAAGCUCGGAUUGAACCGAUUCUCCGAUCUGACUAACGAGGAGUACCGGUCGACGUACCUCGGCGUCAACACCGAUGUUCGCCGGCGAUUUUCUAAGACGAAGAGCGAUCGGCGCUCUCCGAAGGUUGACUUUAGCUUGCCGGAGUCCGUUGACUGGAGGGAGAAAGGAGCGGUUUCGGAAGUCAAAGAUCAGGGAAGUUGUGGGAGUUGUUGGGCAUUCUCAGCCAUUGCUGCAGUGGAAGGCAUAAACCAGAUUGUGACUGGGGAUUUGAUCUCAUUAUCAGAACAGGAGCUUGUGGACUGCGACACUUCAUACAACGAAGGGUGCAAUGGCGGCCUGAUGGACUACGCCUUUGAGUUCAUGAUUAAGAAUGGUGGCAUUGAUACCGAGGCUGAUUAUCCCUACACUGGUUUUGACGGAAGAUGCGACCAAACAAGGAAAAAUGCGAAUGUGGUUUCGAUCGAUGGGUAUGUGGAUGUUACUUCUUACAACGAGAAGGCACUACAAGAGGCAGUGGCGGGGCAACCAGUUAGUGUCGCCAUUGAAGCUGGAGGCCGUGACUUCCAGCUCUAUUCUUCGGGCAUAUUCACUGGAUCUUGUGGGACAGAUGUGGACCACGGUGUGACUGUUGUUGGAUAUGGUGCCGAAAAUGGUGUUGAAUAUUGGAUAGUUAAGAACUCGUGGGGCGCAUUCUGGGGAGAAAGUGGCUAUCUGAGGAUGCAACGUAACGUGAAGGACUCAAACGGUUUAUGUGGUAUCGCGAUAGAACCUUCCUACCCUACAAAGAAUGGGGCAAAUCCUCCAAACCCUGGUCCCUCCCCUCCGUCCCCUGUUCAACCCCCUAACCUAUGUGAUGAAUACACCGAGUGCUCAUCUGGCACAACUUGCUGCUGCGUCUUUCCAUUUGGUAACUACUGCUUUGCUUGGGGAUGCUGUCCUCUAGAGAGUGCCACUUGUUGCGAGGACCACUACAGUUGCUGCCCUCACGACUACCCCAUAUGCCAUGUUAUACAAGGCACCUGCUCAAUGAGCAAAGAUAACCCGCUUGGAGUGAAGGCGAUGAGACGCAUCCCUGCAAAGCGGAUUAGAAACAACAGAAUGAAAACGGCGAGUUCUUGAAUACUCCCUCCCUGUCUUGGGAGUUUCAAGAGGGUGGAAUGAACAAGGCGAAGGCAGGACAGGGGAAGGGAUUCUACUUUUAAGUCCCUAUCUUGAUACACUGAAUCCCAGAGAUCAUUCCAUAGCUUGAAGAACUCGUACGCAAGGGGCUCCAUUGAUGGCGAUCAUCAUCAUCAUCAUUAUCAUUGUAUAUAUGCUGCUGUUAUAUAUCCCUGGCAUUAUAUUUUAAAAGACAGGACUCUGAAUGGGCAGGUCAUUGUUUGGUAGUCGUCUGAUUACUAUGAUGCACUGCCGCUACAUAAAUAUGUUAGUGUAUUGUUCCGGCAUCCAAACGCUGCUGCUUGUACUUUGUAUGUAUACUAACAAUAAUGCAUAUACUGUAAUAAUUUCAAGAACCUGUGUCACUAUCUUAAUUAUCUUUUGCCUUUUUAAGGCGUUCAGUCACACCACUAUUACUCCCAACUUUGAGCCCUAUAUAUAAGCAUU